CAAGCUCCUGAAACCACCGCAAUACUGACAUCUGAACCGCCACGAUGAACACUGUUAAAUCCUUCUGGCUUGGAUGGGGCUCCCUUUGCGUUGCCGGUGGCGGUGCAUACUAUUUCGCCAAACAGCAAAUCCGGGCUGAUCGCCAAGCCAAGCUCGAAGCGCACCGCCAGAAGAUAGCAGCCAACAAGGCCUUCGAAUAUGAAGCGACCGCAGCCUCUGCCGGCGCCGGAACGAACAACGGUGGCCCUGCAAGGACUGACAAUGCUGGUUCGCCGAGCCAGGAAGCCAGCAACGAUCCCGCGCCAACAAGGCAUGCGCCAGCGACAGAGUCUGAGCGAGUAACCGAGAAAAGCAAAUACGAGAGCGAUACGCCGUAUCGCACCCGUAAAGGGGACAGAUUCAGUUAAAGAGACAAAGAAAAGGAAGGGAAAAAAGAGGAGCUCCUUUUAUUGGUCUUUAUGCUGGGCAUCCAUCCAUGCUGGCCUUGUAUACUAUCUUGGUGUAAAAAUAAUGCCCUUAGCAGGGUUGUAUAUAGCCUUCGCGCCGCGCACUGACGCAAAUCCAUUCUUGAAGCCCGGCUGAAUAAAAUGAAGAAUGUUGGCAAUUGG